GUGACGGAGCGGCGGGGCGAGGAACGGGAGGCGGCGCCGGGCAGAGGUUUCCCGCCCCGGGCCCGGAGAUGGCAGCGGGCGGCGGCCUCGGACUGGGUGUCUCUCUGGCGGGCGGAGAGUCCGGGGGUCCCUGAGAGACGCCUCCCCCCCCCUCCGGGGAUGGAGGUCGGAGAGCAGGACGAGCGCAGUCGUUAAGCGAAUCACUGCAGCUGUUAAGUGAAUCACAUUGCCGUUAAGCAAAUCCGGCUUUCCCCAUUGACUGCGAUUGUCAGAAGCCGGCUGGGAAGUCGCAGACGGUGAUCACAUGACCUGGGGAUGCUACAACUGUUGUAAAUACAUUUUGAUUAGGGGUAGUCCUCGACAUACAACCACAACGCAGCCCAACACUUCUGUCAUUAAGCUUAAGAGAGAACACUGGACGUUGUUGGGGAACCUGAAGACUACGGUGGAAGGCUUGGUCUCCAUCAAUCAUCCCAACGUCUGGUCUAAAUAUGGCGGCUUGGAGCGGCUCUGCAGGGACAUGCACAGCAUCCUGUAUCAUGGCCUCAUCCUAGACAAGGUGCAUUGCCAGAAGACGGACUACUGGCAGUUUGUGAAGGAUGUGCGUUGGUUGAGCCCCCACGCAGCCCGUCAUGUGGACAAGUUUAUCCAUCUCCAUGAGAAUGGGCAGCAAAACCCGGACAGGACAAGGGAGCGAACCGUGGCCGAGCUCUGGCUUCAGCACAGCUUGCAGUUCCACUGCCUAUCGGCUCAGCUGAAGCCCCUCCUGGAGAACAAGCAAUAUAUCCGGAAAUUCUACACAGAUUCAGCUUUUCUGCUGAGCGACGCCCACGUCACCGUCAUGUUGCAGUGCCUGGAGGCUGUGGAGCAGAACAACCCUCGGCUGCUGGCUCAGAUAGACGCCUCUAUAUUUGCCAGGAAAGGGGAAGCCUCCGAGUCCAGGACGAAGAGCCUCACAGCCCUCCUGGGGUCCAUCCCUACCCCUCCCGCCGAAAGCGCAGCCCCUCGGUACCUCGGCUCCUUCUCGGGGCUUCCGUCCACCUGUGCCAGCAUCCAAGGUAAGGAAGACAGGAGACUAUCAAGCCCUCCAGCCUUCGGUGGCACCGGUCAGUCUCAAGAAAAUGCUGCUUGGGCUUCCGCUCAUCGGCACCAGGAAAGCAGGUGCUCCCAACACCCGGUCGGCCCUCCUCUUCCUCAUCUCAGCAUCUCUGGCCCCGACGACGACAACGACGGCAAUAAUGUCCCGGCUGCUGGAACAAGCCCCAGCCCUUUGCCCAACCUGAACUCAGAUUCCUGGUCCGGAAGCCAAGAUGAAACGGACGGGCCAGAAUAUCUGGCCAUUGGCAAUCUCGGCCGACCGAGUCGGCCCUGCGACAGCCCUGAAGAAUCUGGCACGGCCACCUUGAACAGUUCCGGUAGCAGCACCUCCAAUCUGUUUUCGUCCAGCAGUUCCCAGAAGCAGGAGUCGGGUUCCUCCUGGGGGGAGCCGGGAGGCAGCUGGAAGUCCUCGCUCUUGCGACGGUCCAGCUUCUCCGAGGGACAGACCUCGGUCCUGCAAGGGAAACCCAAGCGGAGCCACGUCCGCUCCCAUUCGGACACCAACGUAGCUUCUGCGAAAGCUCAUGAGUCCAAUGGAGACAUUUCGCAGUACAAGGGCAGCCUGGCCUGUUCGAUGCAGAGCAAGGAUGGAAGCACACCUAGGUCGGUCGACGUCGAAUACGACAUCGGCCAGUAUCUGCAUCCGGCCGAAGGGAUGUUCCGGAGACCUACAGAAGGCCAAUCCCUGAUCAGCUACCUGUCAGAACAAGAUUUUGGCAGCUGUGAAGACCUGGAGAAGGAAAACGCCCACUUCAGCAUCUCCGAGUCCCUCAUUGCCGCCAUCGAGCUGAUGAAAUGCAACAUGAUGAACCGUCAGAUGGAAGAGGAGGAGGAAGAGAGUGACAAGGUGAUUCAAGACCUCAAGCAGAAGAUCCGUCUCCGCCGGCAACAAAUUCGAACCCGCUACCUCCACCCGGCGUGCCAGGAUGUGGGCUCUGACAGUCUGAAAGCAACAGACAGUGGAUCGUAUUUCAGCUCCCAAGACUCAACCUGCCCCUCCGACUCGGGAUCUGCGGAAGAGGUGGAUGAGUACGAGAUCCGAGAUGGAAACGAAGGAUCCAACCUGAUUCAUAUGUCGAACAGUGACCUCUCCGUCUCGAUGGCCUCGUUGUUUUCAGAUGCGGACAUCAAGAGGAGCCAACCCCCGAGUAAAAAGUCCUUCCUUUCCUCUGGUUCCACGAGCUACCACAGCUUCCUCAACUCCAACUCGGCAGAAGCCGUAGCCAUGGGCUUACUCAAGCAGUUCGAAGGGAUGCAACUGCCCGCAGCGUCUGAACUGGAGUGGCUGGUGCCCGAGCAUGACGCCCCGCAGAAGGGUCCGAUAAAGUUUCUUAAAAAGCUUUUUAAGCGCCCCAAGUGGUAUAAGAAAAGACGGCUUUCCGCGAAGCUACUGCUGCUGUUGCCGAUUCCCGAUUCCGUACCCAUCUCUCCGGACGAUGGAGAACACGCCGAUAUUUACAAGCUCCGCAUUCGGGUGCGGGGGAACUUGGAGUGGGCCCCUCCACGCCCGCAGAUCAUCUUCAAUAUCCAUCCAGCACCAACGAGGAAGGCGGCAGUGGCCAAGCAGAAUUACCGCUGUGCAGGCUGUGGGAUCAGGACCGAGUUUGAUUACAUCAAGCGGAUGCGCUACUGCGAGUACCUGGGCAAAUACUUCUGCCAGUGCUGCCACGAGAAUGCCCAGAUCGUCAUUCCCAGCCGGAUCCUUCGCAGGUGGGACUUCGGCAAAUACUACGUCAGCAACUUCUCCAAGGACCUGCUGCACAAGAUCUGGAAUGAUCCCCUCUUCAACAUGCAGGACGUUAACUCUGCCCUCUACCAUAAGGUCAAGCCUCUCAACCAAGUCAGGCUUUUAAGAAUCCAGCUCUACCACAUGAAGAACAUGUUCAAGACGUGUCGCCUAGCUAAAGGACUUCUGGAUGAUUUCGACGCAGUGCCCGGCCACCUGACCGAAGACCUUCACCUUUAUUCCUUAAACGACCUAAGCGCCAUCAAGAAGGGGGAACUCGUUCCCCGCUUGGCCAAGCUCCUCCAGGUGGGAGAGGUCCACGUUGAGAAAUGCAUGCUGUGCCAAGCGAAGGGGUUCAUCUGCGAAUUCUGCCAGAAUGAGGACGACAUCCUGUUUCCCUUUGAGCUGAACAAAUGCAGGACGUGCGAAGAGUGCCGAGCUUGCUACCACAAGGGCUGCUUCCGGUCAGGACCUUGCCCCAAAUGCGCCCGUUUGCAAGCUCGCCGGGAACUCCUGGCUAAGCAGAGUCUGGAAGCCGACCUUUCCGACUACGAACCGGAAGAGGACACGGUAGGAGCAGCCACGUGACGUCCGAGAAGCGGCAGGUCGCCUUGCGGCCUGCGCCUCCAAAGACUGAACUGACCAGCGACGAAGCCAGAUACUCUCCCAUGCUCCCGAAGCCCAAGCAACGGAAAGCCUUCACGGCUUUGGCCCGGGAGAAGUGACGUUUCCUCUCCUUCUGCUGCACUCGAGUGAGCAGGUUUGGCUCCUGUGACCAACCUGGAUGCACAACUUCAAGAUGGAAUUUUCCUUCCUACGGAAAAGCCAGAGGAUUUGGCUCGGUGCGCGUCCUACAAGGGCUUUGCUCCAUCCACGGGGGAGACGCUAAGGAUGGGCUUCCCGGAGGCUGAGUUCCCCGACAGAAUCCGGCCACGCUCGUAAAAAAGGGAAAAACCAACCCUUCUGCCUUGUUUUGACUUGACGUUAUCGGUUGCUGCGUGCCGGAUGAGGCCGUUGCGUUGUUUUUUUUAUUAUUAUUGUUGUGGGGUUUUUUGGCCUUUUUUAAUUUUUCUUUGGAUAAUCCCCGCCUCAAAUUUUCUCUUCAUUUUUCUUUGCUCAACCUCACUCCUGUUUCGUCCGAGGAGCCAGAAACGGAGCAAAAAGUAUUAAAAAAAAAAACACCUAUCCUUUUAAAUCGUGGGAAAAUGUUAGUGGGGAAACGGGAGUUGGAUAACCAGAAUGGCACACCUGGAUUGGGGCGGUGCUGCGGGCUAGGGGAGCUCCUUACACACAUACAACACAAACUCACACUUUUCUCUUCUUGCCUGAAAGGUCUUUCUCGUAAGAGGAAUAAUGUCAGUCAAUUGCAAACUGGUUCCAGUGCAGGGCUCUCCAACCUUGGAAACUUUUAAGAUUUUAAGAACUCUGGGAGUUGAAGUCCACAAGUCUUAAAAGUUGCCAAGGUUGAGAGAACCCAGUGAGAGGAAAAUUGGUGUUUUUUUUUUUCCGCAACAGGAAACUCCCUUUGCAAUAGCCCCGCUUCCUUCAGCUUUUUUCAGGCUGCAGCCCCCUCUUCUAAGCCAUCGUGGGCACUGGAUCAGGGGUGUUAGAGGCCCCCACACAGCUGGAAGAAAGGGGGCCAAGCUUGAAGGCCUGCUCUAAACAGCUCCUGACAGCAGAGUGGGAAGAGGGUUCCAGAUUAACUGGUAGAGGUAUCUUGGGGGUUCUAAUGCUGCUCUACCUCCCCUGAUAUCUGUGGGCUUUGAGAUAUGUGGCCAAAGUAGGUUAGGAAGUGAGGUGAGUGGAGGUCGUCUGUUGCUUGGAGGUUUCUGGCUGGCCAGGUGAGAUUUCUGGCAGGUUGCAUGGCCACAUUCCUAAGUGACUCCGUAGAGUAGGGGUCUCCAACCUUGGUCCCUAAGUCUUGUGGACUUCAACUCCCAGAGUCCCUCAGCCAGCAAAGCUGGGAGUUGAAGUCCACAAGUCUUAAAGGGACCAAGGUUGGAGACCCCUGCCGUAGGGAGACCGUCAAAGCUGGGAAACCUAUCGUUACAAUCUCACUUUGAGGACAGAAAUUUAAGAAGGCUGCAGAUUCCGAAGGCCAAUCUAUAGCGAUCACCUUCUGCCCCGAUUUACAGGACUUCUCCAAGGGGCGCGGUUUUAUUUGACUUUAAGGUUGCUGAUCCUCAUUAAGGUUGCUGUCGCGUAAGCUGCAGAGCGUUUUGAGAGUCUCUGCUUUCCCUUCCCUUUAAAUCGGGUCUCCAACCUUGGCCGCUUUAAGAUUUGUGGACUUCAGCUCCUAGAAUUCCUCAGCCAGCGAAGCUUCGCUGGCUGAGGAAUUCUGGGAGUUGAAGUCCACAAGUCUUAAAGUUGACAUGUUUGGAGAAUUAAAAAUGGCAGUCAAGAGAGACCUGAAAAAUUACAAUUGCACCAUUUUAUUUUUAUUUUUAAAUCACAACGUGGAUGGAUCCAAACAUCCCUGCAUUGCUUAAAAAAGAAAAGCCAUUUUCUUCAUCCCAGAACCACAAGCUUUAACAGCUGCUUUCUUCCGAGGCUUAAAUUUGAUCCUAGAUACUUAAAAAAAAAAAAAACCAGGAAAGCAACAUACAACUCAUUCCAAAUUCCAGAAAGAAAAUGCUAGCUCCGUUAAGCAAUAUCAAAAAUUGAGAUCGGUUUUUAUGACUUGACUCCGGGAUGGGCAGAUGUUAACAUCCCAUCCGGGCUAUAUGAGCGAUAGCAGCAGAGGAGGAAAAAAACGAAAUUAAUCCGUCAAGAUUGGCAAGGCAGGAAGGAUUUGCAACAAGACAAACAUCCUUUUCACUACCUUCUUUGCAGUUUAGAGAAGCUCUCGUCUGCAAACUCUGCCGGGCUGCAGAGAGAACAUUCUGGAACAGGGCUUUUCAAUCGUGGCCGCUUGAAGAUGGGAUGGACGUCAACUCCCGAAAUUCCCUAGCCAACAACUCCAAAUUCUGGGAGUUGGAAGUCCACCCAUCUCCAAGCAGCCGCGAUUGAGAAACGCUGUUCUAGGACCCAGAAAAGCCAGUGAUCCAAAAUUGAACAGUAAAUUGAAACUCAAAGCAGUUGAUUCCUCCUUUGCUCAACAUCCAUUCUGGUGCAACAUCCCUCGUUUCCCCCAUAUCAAAUCUCCCAACUGAAUUUGCACAAUUUCUUCCUGAAAAUGUCCCCUUCCUUAGCUUUGUGGCCAAGCGAAGCAAACCAAUUUAACCUCCAAGGUCAUUUAAUCUGAACCGUUUUAACCGAGGGAGUCCUGAUCUCACCCCGAUAAUUACAUUUAUAUUAAGUAUAUUUAUGUUUGUUCUGACUCUUGUCCACCCCCUUAAAUAUAUAUAUAUAUCUGACUCCCUGCACACUUUUUAACGCACUUGGUGGGGGGGGGAAAUAACAAAUGUGCACUGCGGGUUUUUUUUAAAAUCGGAUUCCUUCCACUGUGUUGCUUCCAGCAAAUUGUUUGAAGAUGUUGGGGAUGUUUUAUUUCUCUUUUGCUAAUUUUCUAAAAGCACUGAUUUAGUUUUACAUAAACCAGCAAGGAGGCAGUAGGUUCUAAAACAGAGGUCUUCAAACUUGGCAGCUUUAAGACUUGUGGACUUCAACUCCCAGAAUUCCUCCGUCACUCAUGCCUUUUCUUGCCCCUUAGAACAGGGGUCUCCAACCUUGGUCCCUUUAAGACUUGUGAACUUCAACUCCCAGAGUCCCUCAGCCAGCAAAGCUGGCUGAGGAACUCUG